CCAGGCAAGCAGGCAGCAGCUUUGAGUCAAGACCCCGCGGCUGUCUCCAGCAUGGCCAGCGAGUUCAAGAAGAAGCUCUUCUGGAGGGCAGUGGUGGCCGAGUUCCUGGCCAUGACCCUCUUCAUCUUCAUCAGCAUCGGGUCCGCCCUGGGCGUCAACUACCAGGUGGUGGGCAACCACACCAUAGCCCCCACCCAGGACAUCGUGAAGGUGUCGCUGGCCUUCGGGCUGAGCAUCGCCACGCUGGCCCAGAGCGUGGGCCACAUCAGCGGGGCCCACCUCAACCCGGCCGUCACACUGGGCCUGCUGCUCAGCUGCCAGAUCAGCAUCCUCCGGGCUGUCAUGUACAUCAUCGCUCAGUGCGUGGGCGCCAUCGUCGCCACCGCCAUCCUCUCGGGCAUCACCUCCUCGCUGAACCCCAACUCUCUUGGCCUCAAUACGCUGGCGAGUGGAGUGAACCCAGGCCAAGGCCUGGGCAUCGAGAUCAUUGGCACGCUGCAGCUGGUGCUGUGUGUGCUGGCCACCACUGACCGCCGUCGCCGCGACCUUGGAGGCUCCGGGCCCCUGGCCAUCGGCCUCUCGGUGGCACUAGGGCACCUGCUGGCGAUUGACUACACCGGCUGUGGAAUCAACCCCGCUCGCUCCUUCGGCUCUGCGGUGAUCACCAACAACUUCAUUGAUCACUGGAUCUUCUGGGUGGGGCCGUUCAUCGGGGCCGGCCUGGCCGUACUGAUUUACGACUUCAUCCUGGCCCCGCGCAGCAGUGACCUCAUGGACCGCGUCAAGGGCCAAUGCAGUUGGACCACCUGUGACUCAAGCCAUGCUAGGAAGGAGAGCCAGGAGACGCAAUUGACCAGGAAGCCCUUAACAGGCACCAACACAGCAUGACAGCUGCACACGCCUCUCCACUACACAGCAAGGGCGAGUAGCCCCCUUAACAGAUAAGGAAACUGAGGCUCAAGGUUCUACAGCUAGAUAAGGAUGCAGCCUGGUCUAGCGGCCAAGACCAUGCCUGGCUACUCGCUGGACUGUGAAAUGGACGAGACUCCUUCCCAGCUUCUAGGUUUCUGCUUCGGCAAGGACCAAGGCCAGAAGGAGGGGACAGGGUGUGAAAACCGCUCUCUGCCUGGUUCUGCCCGCUGCGGGCAGGAUCCUGCAUCUGUCUGCUCUGCAUAUAUGUCUCUCUGGAAUUGAAAUUUCAUUCUCUGAUAAGGAAAUAAAGGAAAAUGACUUGUAAGGUC